UAAGUCUUCAUGUUAACAGAGCUGGAAAACUUUGUUUUAGAUUUUGCUUGCCGUAUAUCCUUAAAUAAAUAACCAAAAUUCGUUUAUCUUAGGACAUAAUUAAGUAACAGAGAUUCAAGAUGGAAAAUCCCGAAACAAUGGCUUUAGCUGCCACCAAUGUCUACACGGUUGAUACAUCAGAUUCAGAAGCUUCCAAACAGCUAGUCAACCCAGAGAGAGUCCAUCGACACAGUGAUCCAUAUGACUUGGUUUGUCUAGCACAAGAAGUUCAAAAAGCCGACCAGUUUGUACGAUGUGCAGCCAGCAAUAAAUUGAUAUUAAUUGCUGAACAGAUUCGACAUCUUCAAGAACAGGCUAGAAAAGUACUUUUGGAAACGAAACAGGAUGCAGAGCUUCACCAUGCUGCAUGCAACUUCAAAAAAAGAGUUGGUCAGAUGUAUUACCUUUACAGGAGAGCAAAUAACACAACUUAUUUUUCCAUGUUAUCUCCUCAGGAAUGGGGUCCUUCAUGUCCACAUGAGUUCCUUGGUGCUUACCAACUAGAGGCAGACAUGUCAUGGACUAAAGCUGAAGACAUAGCUAGGCGAAGUAAAGAUAUUCAAAUGGUUGACCAACUUCUUUCCUCCCAAGUACCUGCUAUACAGUAUGUCACAGGAGUUUCUGAAAAUAGUGCAAAGAAAGCAAUCAAACACCAUGAAAAGUCUGUUAUAGAGGAUAUAACAGAUGAAGAUCAUCUUGUUGAGGAACCUUUUCAUUAUUGAAUCAGUAGAUUUUACUGUCUACCAAAAUUAGUUUUAAUUAUUUUAAUUAUUGUGGUGUAUUUCCACUGAGGUUCAACUGCUCUCAAAACCUGCUAAAAUAAAGUGGGGGGAAAUUUC